AUGUUGCGAGGAGUGACCGUGGUCACCGGCCCGAGGCCGUGCAAGGCGCGGCAGCCGCCCACGCGCUGCGGGGCCGCAAACACCGGCGGCCCCACGGCGCCCAAACUCAGGUUGACAUUUUUCGACUUCAAGAGCUUCGUGGAGCCCGUGCGCCUGGCCUUCCACAUGGGCGGCAUCGAAUUCGAGGACGUGCGUGUCACCUUCGAGGAAUUCGCCGCAAUGAGGGAUUCCCUGCCCUUCGGCCAGGUGCCAAUCCUGGAGGUGGACGGCCUGGUGGUGUCCCAGACGCUGGCGCACCUUCGGUACGCGGGCAGGCUGGCAGGCCUGUACCCGGAGGACCCGGUGGCCGCGAUGCUGGUGGACGAGUGCCUGUACGUGGUGACGGACGUGGAGGCGGCGCUGGUGCCCACCAUGCGCAUGCGGGACGCAGCGGCGCAGGAGGAGAAGAUGGCGCUGAGAAAGGAGCUCGCCGAAGAGACCUUGCCGAGGUGGUGCUCUAUGAUCGAGAACAGGAUGGCGAGCAACGGGUGGUCACAUGCUGCCGGGGACGAGCUCAACGUUGCAGACCUGUUUGUUUACACCCUGGGGUUAUGGAUGAGGAAGGGCGUGCUGGACGGCAUUCCGACAACAAUCCUCGACGGCUACCCCAAGUUGUGGCGUCGUGGACAGGGUGGCAGCCAACCCGAAGGUCGUGGACUGGAACGAACGGCAUUGAAGCCCAGGUCUAGGGGUUCGUGGUUUGGUAGUGGGAGGGGAAGCAUGAGCGGACUUGUGCGCUAG